UUAACUCCUCAGUCUGUAGUGGUGACGUGUCUCUAAAGUUUCUCCUCCUCCUCCCGGCGGCUCCGUCAGUCAGUAGUGAGCUUCAGUCUGAUCAGAUUUACAGUGUAAAGGAGCACGCAGGAGCACAGUUGGGUCACCAUGGGCAUCAAAUUCUUGGAGGUGAUAAAGCCAUUCUGUGCAGUGUUGCCAGAGAUCCAAAAACCUGAAAGAAAGAUCCAGUUCAGAGAGAAGGUAUUAUGGACGGCCAUCACGCUCUUCAUCUUUCUGGUUUGUUGCCAGAUCCCUCUCUUUGGCAUCAUGUCUUCAGACUCUGCAGAUCCAUUCUACUGGAUGAGAGUCAUUCUGGCCUCAAACAGAGGUACCCUGAUGGAGCUAGGUAUCUCGCCUAUUGUCACCUCAGGCCUGAUCAUGCAGCUGCUUGCUGGAGCUAAGAUCAUUGAGGUUGGAGACACACCAAAGGACAGAGCCCUCUUCAACGGAGCUCAGAAAUUAUUUGGAAUGAUCAUCACCAUCGGCCAGGCCAUCGUAUAUGUGAUGACCGGCAUGUAUGGAGAUCCCUCUGAGAUGGGAGCAGGAAUCUGUCUGCUCAUUAUCAUUCAGCUGUUUGUGGCCGGGCUGAUUGUGCUGCUGCUGGAUGAGUUGCUCCAAAAGGGCUAUGGUCUUGGUUCUGGUAUCUCUCUGUUUAUUGCUACCAACAUCUGUGAAACGAUCGUCUGGAAGGCUUUCAGCCCCACGACUGUGAACACUGGAAGAGGUACUGAGUUUGAGGGAGCGAUCAUCGCGCUUUUCCAUCUGCUGGCCACUCGUACAGACAAAGUGCGUGCUUUGAGAGAAGCCUUCUACAGACAGAACCUGCCCAACCUCAUGAACCUCAUCGCCACAGUAUUCGUCUUUGCUGUAGUGAUAUACUUUCAGGGAUUCAGGGUGGAUCUGCCUAUCAAGUCGGCACGCUACCGUGGCCAGUACAACACCUACCCCAUCAAGCUGUUCUACACCUCCAACAUUCCCAUCAUCCUGCAGUCUGCUUUGGUCUCCAACUUGUACGUUAUCUCCCAGAUGCUCUCCACGCGCUUCAGUGGCAACUUCCUGGUUAAUCUGCUCGGUACCUGGUCUGACGCAACGUCAGGUGGUCCAGCCCGUGCCUAUCCUGUAGGUGGCCUCUGUUACUACCUCUCGCCCCCAGAGUCGUUUGGUUCUGUUCUAGACGAUCCAGUCCAUGCAGUCAUCUACAUUGUCUUCAUGCUCGGCUCAUGUGCCUUUUUCUCAAAGACCUGGAUUGAAGUCUCCGGCUCCUCCGCAAAGGAUGUGGCAAAACAGCUGAAGGAGCAGCAGAUGGUGAUGAGGGGACACAGAGAAACCUCAAUGGUCCAUGAACUGAACAGGUACAUUCCUACUGCUGCUGCCUUUGGUGGACUGUGUAUCGGCGGUUUAUCAGUAAUGGCUGACUUUCUCGGAGCCAUCGGCUCUGGCACGGGUAUCCUGCUGGCCGUCACCAUCAUCUAUCAGUACUUUGAGAUCUUUGUGAAAGAACAGAGUGAAGUAGGCAGCAUGGGGGCCCUGCUCUUCUAGAAAGACCAAUAUCCUCCCACCUUCUACCAACUUUUAAUAGGAUCACCAACUUUGCAUUUAUUUUUACAUCUGCGUGAAGCUCCUGCAUCGUCAGCUCUCCACUUUCAGGAUGUUCGAGGAAUCUUCAGGAAUCUCGGCUGAAAUGGGACCCUGCGAGGUGGCGGGGCUACACGGCUUUGUUUCCGCCACCUCCUACCUUCCAAAGUAACACAAAGACCAACAUAACUGACUCGAGAUUAUAGCUCCUCAAGAUUCAUUUAAAGGCUUCCUCUGUGUAUAUGAUGAAGUCCUGCAGGUGUUGGGUCCUGGUUUUUCAGACUGACAAUAGAGUGCUUCAGUAUGCAGGCAUACUCAACAUGGAUGACGGAGGUCAACUGCCGUCUGUGUGCAGAAAUGCACCCGAUGUUCUGCUUGGUGUUAUCUUAGUUUAUCCUUUUACUUUCAGCUUUAUUUUAUUUUUCUGUCAACCUGCCGAUUAUGUGAAGGUGUGGAACAGAAGCUGAACUGUCAAACGCUGAGUCAAGUACUGUCGUUUUCCUAAUUUCGUGACCCUGUGUUAAAGCUCUGAUUUGGAACAGGGUCUCGUAAGAAGAUAAUGUGGAGCUCACAUUGGGGUCCACCUGUCAGAAGAACUACUUCAAUUUAAGUUUGUCAUCUAAUGAACCAUUGGAGAAAAAAAAGUCUUUGCUGUUUUAAUGUAUGGCAUUCCCAGGGAGCUGCAGUAUUAACUCACAUGUCAGAAUUCAAUUUUGUCUCCCACUUUCUACAAUUUUGUUUUGUUUUGUUUUUUAAUUGUCUGCUCUAAGCAAACUUCCAUUAAUCGCUUUUUUCCGACACCUGAAAAAAAUUAUGAUUUUCUGUACAUAGACCAUGCAUUGAAUACCUGAAUUUGUCUUAAGUGUAAGAUAAAGUCUUUUGAAUAUGUAAAAAAAAAAAUGCAUUUCAGAACAAACUUAUAAAAAAACAUUCUCAAUAAAACCUUUUUGUGUAAAAA